AUGAGGCCCAAGGAGUGCAGGGAUGGACUGAGCUUGGCGCCAGCCUACGUCCGUCUACGCCUGCGCGCGGUUCAAACAUUGGACGUCACGGCGCGCGCCUCGAGGCCACGCCCCUUCCCUUUCCGGGAAGUCCGCUUCUGGGCCCUAAUGUCCGUCUUGCUCGGAGGGACGCGAUUGUGGACGUCGGAAACGGACCCCUCGGAGCACAGGAAGUGGGUGGAAGUAUUUAAAACGUGUGAUGAAGAUAACAAAGGCUAUCUCAGCAGAGAGGACUUUAAAGUGGCGAUUGUAAUGCUGUUUGGGUACAAGCCUUCCAAGAUAGAAGCGGAUUCUGUGAUGUCUCCAAUAAAUGAAAACACACUGGGCAUCUCCCUGGAGGACUUUCUAAAUGUCGUCAGGAGGAAGAAACAAAUGCAGCUGCCCUGGAGUGAAGUCAGACACGUCUUCACAGCGUUCGACAGGCACUAUCGUGGAUUUUUAACUUUGGAAGAUUUCAAGAAAGCUUUUAAGCAGGUGGCUCCCAGAUUAUCAGGAAGGAUUGUACUUGAAGUGUUCAGAGAAGUCGAUCAAGAUUCUGAUGGUCAUGUCAGUUUUAAAGACUUUGAAUACGCCAUGAACUAUGGGCAAAGCGAAACCUAA